CGAGACGAAUCGGUGAACUGGCGCGAGGGUGUUGCGACGACUUCAAGAAGCACUUCAGUAAGAAUCAAGCAUAACAGUGAAUAUGAAAGCUCUCGCCGCCUUCGCGCUCGUCACCGCUGUGAUUGCCACGGACCACGGCCCAACCUAUGGCGGCAGCGGUCCUUACAAGUCGUACUCUUUUGAGGUCGAGUCGCUCGUCAACCACACCUUCUACCAGCCGCUGCAGUCUGCCGUCGGCUCCGACCUCAAGCUUCCGGUGAUUGUCUGGGGCAACGGCGGCUGCAAACCUUGUACGUUCGUCGGCAUGACCUUCCGCGGCUUCCUCGGCGAGGUGGCCUCCCACGGCGCCCUGGCGAUCGCCACGGGGCCGACCUACGUCGACCCGGAGACGUACGUCAAGCGGCCGAACGGCUCCUCGACGCCGGCGUCCGGCCAGAACCCGGGCGCCCUGACGGCCGCCGUCGACUGGGUCCACGCCAACGCGGGCAAGGGCGCCUGGAAGCACGUCGACGCCUCGCGCAUCGGCGCCUGGGGCCAGAGCUGCGGCGGCCUCGAGGCCUACGCCGCGGGCCUGAACGACUCGCGCGUGAGCCACCUGGGCAUCUUCAACAGCGGCCAGCUGGACGAGGCCGCGAGCCGGGCCGUCGCGGGCGCGGCGAAGAAGCCCAUCUUCUAUACUCUGGGCGGACCCUCCGACGUGGCGUAUGAUAAUGGCGAGAGGGACUACUCGGUCAUCCCGGCGGGCACCCCCGCCUGGAAGGGGAACCACGAGCUGGGCCACAGCGCCGCAUUCGACGCGCCCAACGGCGGGAUCCCCGCCGUCGUCGGAACCAAGAUCCUAGAAUGGGUCCUGCGCGGCGAUGAGUCGGCAAAGGCAUGGUUUACGGGCGACGGGGCGAAGACGGCCGGGGUCCUAAAUGUGGUCUUCAAGGACCUGGACGGCAUCAAGGUUACCCCUAUCCAGUGAUGUUCGACCCGCGUGGCACCGGCGAUUUGGAAGGAGGAAACAAUCGAGAUGGAGCUACGUAAACUUAAUGCGUACAUGUGCGUGUGGGUGUCUGACGGGUUGAAGAGUAUUUAGACAUGAGAAGGGGGCAUAACAUAACAACAUCAUACCAAC